ACUGACGCGACAGAAAACACCUGCUCCACUGGGGGACGGCGGGCGACGCGGCACGCAGGCGCCGUGACGCAGACUCUGUGUCUCCGGCGUGAUAUCUGCGGCGUCGGUAUUUAAGGCGGGGGCAGCGGGGCCGCGUGCAUAGACGAGGUCUGUGUUCGUCGCCCGCCAUGGCGCCUGCUGCCGCCAAAGUGUUUCUCUUCGCGUUCGUCACGUGCCUGCUGAGCGCCGCCGUCUCGGCCGUGGCUUACCACGACUGUGGUUCCACAUACGACCUCUUGGGUGUUGACUUCGCAGGUUGUGAAAAACCGCCGUGUCCUCUGGUGGCUGGUGCAACAAUCAACGUCACCUCCACGUUCUACGCCAAGUCCGCCUCGAACAGCGUGCAGAAUGACGUGUACUUUGUGAUGAACACAGUGCAGCUGCCGGCCACGGUGACUUCGUGCACCUGUUCGGGCGUGGAUGGCACGUGCGUGGGACAAGAAGGCUGCGCCAUCGCCCAGGGCGCGACAAUGGAUUACCACGCGCAGGUGCUCGUUGGCAGGGGCUUGCCGCCGGUGGAAGGUAGCCUGGUUUGGGAGAUGUAUAAUGAAGUGCAACACAAGAUCAUAUGCUACAAGGUCGAAGUCAAGAUUUUUUGGUCGUAGGAGAUGUCAGCCGACCCGUGAACAAGACUGCUGAAUUAACGUCAACUUUCAUUAUUGGAAGAAAGACAAAAGAUUUUCAAUGAGAAUGUUUUAAGAUUACUCCCUUGAUAAAUAAAUUAAUCUUGCAUUGCAUUCCUGGUUAUAGCCUCAUUGUAAGUGUUUUGUGUUGAAUGUUCGUUUCCUAUUUAUUUAUUGCAAGUUUUUUUGUGUGUAACACAUUUUUAUUGUAUAUAUUCUGAUACACAACCAUUUACAUGUAAAUAAAGUAUAAUUCUUAAUGUA